AUGACUUUGGUUGUGGCUUUGCAAAAUGCAAAUUACUACGGUGGUUAUAAAAAUGAAUACGUUGAAGGUGAAAUUGGAGAAUUGGGUCCAAUGGGUUUUAAUGGCCAUCCAGGUUAUCCUGGAAAACCGGGUUUGCAAGGAAAUUCGGGGAUGAAAGGUAAAAAGGGCGAUAAAGGUUCUGACGGAAUUCAAGGAAAACCUGGUUUACAAGGACCACCUGGUUUAAAAGGCGAAAUAGGAGCUAAAGGAAUUUCAAAAACGAUUCCACCAGUUCGUGGGUUACCUGGUUCGAAUGGUGAAGAUGGAUUACCAGGAAAACAAGGACCAAUGGGUCCCCCAGGAACAUAUGGACCUAAUGGAAACAAAGGGGAUAAAGGAUAUCCUGGAUUAAACGGACCAAAGGGGAAAAAAGGAAACACAGGAGCGCCUGGAGAAGAUGGUAAAAUUGGCAAAAAGGGUCUUGAUGGAAAAAAAGGAGAACAAGGUAUUGCUGGAAUACCAGGAAGACCUGGUAUAAAAGGUGCAUCAGGCAGCGAUGGACAAUCGGGUCCAAGAGGAUCAAAUGGCAUUAAAGGUGUUGAUGGAAAAUCAGGAUUACCUGGAACGGAUGGAGUUCCUGGUAUUUUUGGAGAAAAAGGUGUUUGUGGUGAAAAAGGUGAACCUGGCAUAACUGGCAAACAAGGACAAACUGGACCUCCUGGAAAGCAUGGAAUACCGGGAAAUGUUGGACCAUUUGGACCAAUGGGUGUAGAUGGACCUCAAGGAGAAAAAGGUCAAGAUGGUAAUCCUGGUAAUCGCGGGCUCAAAGGUCUAAUGGGAGACAAUGGUAUCAUUGGUAAACCUGGUGAAGACGGAAAAGCCGGUAAUUCUGGAACUAAAGGAAAAAAAGGUUUUUUGGGUAAACAAGGAAAAAAAGGUGAUCAAGGUGCGGAUGGAGAAAAAGGAGAACCAGGUAUUAAAGGUAAUCCUGGUUUACCUGGAUCUAACGGGAAAGAUGGAAAACCUGGAAAUAAUGGAAAAGACGGGUACCAAGGAAUUUCAGGACCAGCUGGUUUGAAAGGAGAUGUAGGAAUAAAUGGAACUAAAGGCAUGCAAGGAAAAAAUGGUCCUACAGGAGAAAAAGGAGCUUGUGGAAAACCUGGUCAACAAGGAUCAGAGGGAUUAAAAGGUGAUCAAGGUGUUAAAGGUGAAAUGGGAAAUGUUGGACAACAAGGUUUACCGGGACCAGAAGGCCCAAAAGGACUAAAAGGAAAACAGGGGCGUCAAGGUUUUCCUGGACCAAAAGGAGAAGUUGGAAAUCCGGGAAUAAAAGGGGAAACAGGACCACAAGGUGCAACUGGUGAUCAAGGCGCACAAGGUGGUAUUGGUGAUCAAGGACCUAAUGGAAAAAAAGGAGCUAAAGGUGAAAAAGGAAAAAGAGGGGAUACAGGUAGAGAUGGUCAAACUGGUACAUAUGGAAAACAAGGUAAUCCUGGAGAUAACGGUUUACCAGGUAAAUCUGGAAAUAAAGGACUGCAAGGGCCAACCGGUUUACAAGGAGAUAUUGGAGAAAAAGGAUCAAAAGGACCUUUUGGACCAAAAGGUUCUUCUGGUAAUAUAGGGGAUCAAGGAGAAAAAGGUGCUCAAGGAGUCCAAGGGAUUGAAGGUGAAAAGGGAUCUAUUGGAUUAAAAGGCCAUAAAGGAAGAAGAGGAAACAAUGGUUCUCCAGGAAAAAACGGUUUUCAAGGAGAAAAUGGUGAAAAAGGAAUUAAGGGUUACAGUCGAUCUCCAGGAGCUCCAGGUUAUCCUGGAUUACCUGGACCUGAAGGACUAAAGGGUCCAAACGGUCCUCCGGGACUAGAUAGAUUUUUUUCUUUGCAAUGUAUACAAAUAGUUGAGACUAGCUCUGUAGCUUCAUGUCCAAUUGAUCAAGUUGUAUCCGGUUGCUCGUGUAGUUGCGGAAAAUGGUCAUUAAUAAAUAAUAAAGAAUGUCGUUGUAAAGAAUGCACAAAGAGUUCCUACUAUGACAGCAAUACGAUUCAAAUUACAUGCUGUAAAGGAGUAGAUUCUAAUAAAUAUAGAAACUACUAUAAAGAAGACUUGAGUGAUAAAAUAACUCUCGAUGAACGUGCUAAAGAUCAAACAAUAAUUGACUUCGAAUCUAAUAUAGCAAUAUAA